AUGUCACCACCCAAGCCCAACUUCGUCGUCACAAGGGCGAAAGCCGAAGACAUGGAGGAGAUCACUGAUCUCAUCUACGACUCCUUCUCCAGAGAAGAAACAGCACUCUUCAUGGGCUGUCCCGAUCGAACCACCAUCCCCAAAUACCGCCAACGAGUCCUCAACGCCAUGGAGUCGGACAAGAGCGAUGUAUGGAUACAAGUCAAGGAUGCCGAAACGGGCAAAAUCGCGGCUUGCAGCAAUUGGAAGAUUUUUGUGAAUGGGAAGCCGGAUGAUAAAGGUGAUCAGGCUAUCGAUUGGUAUGAAGGGGAGGAGAGGGAGGUGUCUGAGAAGGUGGCGAGGUUCAUGAAUGAGAAUCGGUGGAGGGUCAUGACGGGCCCGUUUGUUUACCUGCACAUCUGCUGUACGAGCCCGGAAUAUCGACGCAUGGGCGCUGGAUCUUUGAUGAUGCAGUGGGGUGUUGACUUGGCCGAUUCCCUGUUCUUGCCUGGUUGGAUCGAAGCCUCGCGGGAUGGAACCGCUCUGUAUAAGGCUUUUGGAUUUUAUGUCGCUGCGGAGGUUGAUGUCCAUGGGCUUCCUACGGCGCACAUGAAGAGAGAUGCGAGGUCGAAGGGGAUCGAUGGGACCGCGUUGAGGAAGAAGGCUUGA